UCUUCCAGCACGACCUACAAGCCCCUUACGUGCAGCAGGGGAGUCUGCCAUUGCGCAGCAGCCGACUGGGUGAAGGUGGAAAAUCCGCUAGAAGGAAGGAUGCUUCUAUAGGCAGUCGGGGUUUAUUUCUUCAGUCAACACUUUCAGUUUUUUCAGGCGAAAUUUACACAGAGAAACCUGCUGGAAAUCGCCAUCCCCUGCCCUGCUCUCCCACUGUGGUCUGUCUCAGUUAUAUUGUCGUUCCCUUAUCCCCCCCCCUCCUUCCUCCUUAAUCUCCCAGAUUGUCGGCGACUUGCUGCAGUCGACGCUGCAGUUCUGAACCGCUCCUGCACCGGGACAGCUGACUCAAUGAGAAAGACAUGCUCGCAUUCGUUUUGGUCUCUGGGUCGCUCUGGAUUAUAUUAGAGCUUAGUUCCACCCUGAUGGAGAAGAUGCAUGGCCAGGAGAUGAUGAGCGGCCUGAGGAUACCAGAGAUGGAUGAGCUCGGCCAGUUCUUCCGCUCUCUUCCGACAUCCACACUUGUGGGCAUCGGCGCUCUGACAGCUGUGCUGGCGUACUGGUUAGCCACCAGACCCCGUCCCAUCAAGCCCCCCUGCAGCCUUCUGCACCAGUCUGAGGAGGUUCCGCGUGAAGAUGGGGGUCGCAGGUCUAUGAUGGGUGACCACUCCAAGCUGCUGACUCAUUACCAUGAUGAUGCCCGGACCAUGUAUGAGGUCUUUCAGAGAGGCCUGCAUAUAUCUGGUGAUGGACCUUGCUUAGGCUCACGACUCCCCAACCAGCCUUACAAAUGGAUGUCCUACAAAGAGGUGACAGCCCGGGCAGAGCACCUGGGUUCAGGCCUUCUGCACCAGGGAUGCCAGCCCAAUCCAAACCAGUUCAUAGGAGUGUUCGCUCAGAACAGACCCGAGUGGAUAAUCUCAGAGCUGGCUUGCUACACUUACUCUAUGGUGGUGGUUCCCCUUUAUGACACGCUUGGCCAAGAUGCUAUACGGUUCAUUAUAAACACUGCCGACAUCUCCACAGUCAUCUGCGACAAAGUGGAGAAGGCUCGGGUGCUUUUGGAGAAUGUGGAGCGGAAAGAGACUCCUGGCCUGCGACGAGUCAUCCUGAUGGACGCCUUUGACUCUGACCUCAUGGAGCAAGGGAAAGGCUGCGGCGUCCACGUACAGGCCAUGCAAGAAGUGGAGGCUCUGGGCCGAGAUCACUACAGAAAACCUAUACCACCAUCCCCUGAUGACUUGUCUAUCGUGUGUUUCACCAGUGGAACCACAGGAAACCCAAAGGGAGUCAUGCUCACCCACGGGAACGUGGUGGCCGACUUCUCAGGAUUCCUUAAAGUAACAGAUAAAGUAAUUUUUCCCAACCAAGACGAUUGCCUCAUUUCCUUCCUGCCACUGGCUCACAUGUUUGAGAGACUUAUUGAGUCCGUGGUGUACUGUCAUGGAGGACGGAUCGGGUUCUACCAGGGCGACAUCCGUCUCCUCCCAGAUGACAUGAAGGCCCUGCGGCCGACCAUUUUCCCUGUGGUGCCUCGACUGCUCAACCGUAUGUAUGACAAGAUUUUCAGCCAGGCAAACACCCCGCUGAAGCGUUGGCUGCUCAACUUCGCUGCCAAGAGAAAAGGUGCUGAAGUCAGCAGCGGGAUCAUUCGCAGUGACAGCAUCUGGGACAAAAUCUUCUUUAGUAAGAUUCAGGCUAGCUUGGGAGGAAGGCUGAGGAUGAUUAUAACAGGAGCCGCUCCUACCUCACCCACUGUCCUGGGAUUUCUCAGAGCAGCUCUAGGAUGCCAGGUGUAUGAGGCAUAUGGCCAGACAGAGUGCACAGCCGGCUGCACCUUCACCACACCUGGAGACUGGACCCCAGGGCACGUUGGGGCUCCGCUGCCAUGCAACCUCAUUAAACUGGUGGAUGUACCUGAGAAGAACUACUUUGCCUCAAAGGGGGAGGGCGAGGUUUGUGUAAAGGGGCCAAACGUGUUUAAGGGCUACCUCAAAGACCCAGAGAGAACAGCAGAGACACUGGAUGCCGACGGCUGGCUGCACACGGGAGAUAUCGGCAAAUGGUUGCCUAACGGCACGCUGAAGAUCAUUGACAGGAAAAAGCACAUUUUCAAGCUGGCACAGGGUGAGUACAUCUCCCCUGAGAAGAUUGAGAACAUCUACAUUAGGAGCGAACCUGUGGCACAGCUUUAUGUUCAUGGAGAUAGCCUGCAGUCCUGUUUGGUAGGAAUAGUGGUUCCUGACCCUGAAACCAUGCCUGAAUGGGCCAAGAAGAAAGGUAUCCUGGGCACCUACAAGGAUCUAUGUAAAAACACUGAGUUAAAGAAAGUAAUCCUUGAAGAUUUAGUGCGUCUGGGAAAAGCCAGCGGCCUCCACUCUUUCGAGCAGGUGAAGAAUAUCUACAUUCACAAUGAGAUGUUCUCCAUUGACAACGGCCUCCUGACUCCAACGCUAAAGGCGAAAAGACCGGAGCUGAAGGAAUUUUUUAAGGCGAAGAUUGACGAGCUCUACAACAGCAUCUCCAUGUGAAGGUCGGCGGACCUCAGUUUUCUUAAAGCGACCCAACGCCAAGAGAUGCUUUGUCCAGUGACCUGCAGUGAGACAAAGAUGUGUCACCUGACGCUUAACGUGCUUUCAGAAAGCAAACCAAAACUGGCCCAAGAAGAUUAAAAAUGCCUAGAUAAAAACAAAUUAAGGAAAGAAAUAAAGCGAAAUACAGUGCACAUUGUCAUAUGUAUUUCCUUUGCAUUCACUGUUUCAUAAUUAAAUUAAAACAUACUUUACAUAGGUAUUUAUUUCAUUUUUAGUCUGUAGCAACCAAGUUGUUGUCCAUGUGGCAUGAAUUUCCAUAUCGCAUUCAAAACAGACAAACAAAAACCAUUUCAGGGUUGUCCAGCAGGGGGCAGCAAAGAGUUACAAAUAAUAAGUGUAAGUCAUUUGUAUUGGAUUUUAUAAGGGGCUGCAAGAAGCUUAUUAGAGAUGGAGACACAUCAUCAAUGCCAAAUUGUUUUCAAUCCUCCAAUCACAGGGGUGAAUGACUCAGUCAUUUUGGGGGUGGGGUUGACUUUAUCAUAGCUAAGAUGAUUUGUGGGGAGAUUACUACUCACUGUAAAUUCAGUUACAUACAUCAGCUUGGCACAAUUCACAUGCUGUACUGACAGGAGUCUGUAUUAGUACAUUACUAAUACAAAUAUAAACUGAUUUUUUUUUUUUUUUUUUGUGUAAUGAAGAGCCCAGUGUGUCUGUCAGUCAGUUUGACAUAUGCCCAUUAAUUUUAAUGUGAGAUGGAAAAAUCAUGUCACCGAAAAACGUUCCCUUAAGUUUUUCACGAGUUUAGUUUUUAACAUUUGUUUCUCACUUUAUGGACAUGCUCAUUGUAUUUAAAAAAAAAUUUAAUAAUGUACAAGAAACAGCGUGUGCUGUGUAAUCCAUUUUUGGGGGUUUUUUUUUGUUUGUUUUAAUUUAGGCAUUGAAAAUCUUCUGCACAUUGCUACCUGCUAUUCACCCAAAACAAAUACGCCCGCUCCCCAGCAUCAGAAAUUCAGCAGCACGUGAACACUGAGCACUUCACUUCCAUUUCCUCUCAAGCUCUUCUUUCCUCUGCCUCUUUAAACGUACCAUCCAAACACAACCCAUCUGUUUUACAAGAGUAACACAGUCAUACGACAGCAAGUGUGAUGUCUUAGUGUAUAGUGUAGCUCCAGGAGAUGUCAAAAUGUAUAAUAAUGCUGACACCUUGUAGGAUUGUAAUGGAUUUUAUCCCCAAUGGAAAAUAGUAGAGUUUCAUUCAAUGAAAAAUCUGCCUACAUCGGCACUAGUAGGGAGGCCAAUAGAUCACCCCAAACUGACACAAGCAUUAAAGCUAGGUGUAACCCAAGUAUGGUGCAAUUAGACAAAGUAACACCCUUCUGUUUGAAGGCGGAUUUACGAUAAUAAGGUUAAGAGAGUAGCAGCUUCUGCCUUUCAAAUCAUCGCUGUCCAUCAUUGUAGAGCAUCUCAGUGUCUGAGCCACACCCAAAUUACACUUUGUCAUGUAUUUGCUCACUCAUUCAUUAAGUCAUUUCUACAUGGAUGCAGUCAGAAGCUUAGCAUGCAUGCUCCUUGUUUAUGUAAUCGACUGGCGCACUGUAACGGUCAUCAAGGUUCAGACUUCUUUUUCACUCAUCUUUGCACAAAAAAGAAUGUCAGGUAAAAGAGAACAAAAUAUCUAAUGCAACACCAGGGCUCGGGGCAAUGCAUGCAAUUUGCCCUGAAAUGCUGGGACCAUUGGCGUUUGAUGAGAAAAAAGACAAGCAUUUCUCUGUGGCCAUUAAUAGCCAGUUGUAUGCAGCUGCUGACAGCCACAGUUGCAAGUACAGAAGAGCCAAUGAUGAAUUCUGCUAGAACAAACAUCAACCUUUAAACAAAGGAUACCAUGUUUUUUUUAAAAAAAAAAGGUUUACACGUAGGAGUAAUGUAUAUGCUUUUUAAGUUGAUUACCGUCCCAAAGCAUAAACAAUGCGGAUGUACAUAAAUGAAGACAGCUAGAUGUAAGCAUAUUUAUUAAAUCAAUGGUUUGAAUGGAUUUUUUUUCUCUCUUUUUGCGUGUAGUGAGAUGAACUGUACUUAUUUAUUUAUCUAUUCUGCUGUAAAAUGGAAUAAGCACCAUAUCCUUGUAAUGACCGAGUGCAGCAAUUGGGAUGAGGGAGGAUGGGGAACAGGACAAGGGCAGUGAAAUAAAAGAUAUUCUGGAAUGAUUUUCAA